AUGUGCGAAAAUUACUUUAGUGUGCGUUUUCCCGAUGACGCUCCUAAUAAAGUAGGCGUUGCAGGGGACCAUUAUAGGUACAGCCAAUCUGCUUUCAGUCGCCAACAUGGCUUGCCUGAGACAAUCGUAAAGGGCCGCGACUGGUGUUUGGCAGCAAGAUAUUGGCAAAAUUUGUUUUAA